AUGACUAUUUCCACCCAAGGUCCCGUCCAUCUCACCUUCGUUGGAGGAGGCCAUCUCGCGCAAGCCAUAAUUAGUGGCAUUCUCUCGUCUACCAGUACCUGGACCCUGAAAUGCGGCAUCGCAGUCACAGCCCGACGACCUGAACAUAUCCAAGAACUGCAAUCCCGGUACCCGCAACUUCUGGUCACAGACAACAACCUCGAUCAACGCAUCUGGAAAGACGCCAGGAUAUCACAGCAAAGUUCCCCCCAAGCCAAUGCGACAUCCCCCAUCCUCUUCAUCUGCACACGCCCAGCAGAUGUUCCCACGGUCGCAAAACAACUAGCGCCCACCCUCGAGUCGUUUGAUCCGCCGGUCCGUCCUACCGUGGUGACGGUGUGUCCUGGAAUCACCGUUAGCCAGCUCCAAGAUUGGCUGCCGACAGGCACGGCGAUCGUUCGGUCGAUGCCCAACACGCCCGUUGAGUUCAGGCAGGGCGCGACCGGUCUCUUCGCAUCAGGAGAUGCCACUCUUCGCGUCAAUCAUGUCAAAACAGUUCUUGAGGAGGUAUCUCCCCUUGUCUCUAUCGUCCCGGAAGAGUCGAUGCUAGAUGUUGUCGCGGCUGUGUCGGGAUCUGGUCCUGCGCAUUUCUUCUUCGUCAUCGAAUCCAUGGUCGCUGCAGCAGAGUCCAUGGGUCUUUCGAGGGAAGCUGCGGAGCCCCUAGUCAUUCAAUCCUGUCUUGGUGCUGGAUUCCUCGCUAGAGCGUCAUCCAAGCCAGUCGCUAAUUUGCGAAAAGAAGUCUGUGUUCCCGGGGGAAGUACAGAAAAGGCGAUUUCACAUUUGAAUCAAAGCGGGGUUCAGGAGUUGUUUAAGGUGGCAAUCCAGAAGAGUUUAGAUGCAAAUUUGAAGAUGCGGUUCUGUUAG